UUGACUACUACUUCGUGUACCUCCAUCUCCAAUCUCCAGCACCGGAUCGAGCCGGCGGCGGCCGCCAUGAGCGCCCACCCAUACGCGCCGGCGGGGCUCGACCUCACGGGCUACGUGCCGCUGCGCCUCUCCCAGCUACCUCGGUGCCUCCCUCUUUUUCCUCCUCUCCGUCUGGCUCAUCUCCGGUACAGUCCAGUCAAACCCCUCUCUUCCCAGCCCCAUCCUUUCUCCCACCUCCCUCUCCAGAUCCUGGUUCUCCUCGUGGCAGGGAGAUACGGCCGGAUAUCCAAGGCCGACCACGUGCUCUUGUGCUGGUGGGCGUUCACCGGGCUCACCCACAUCCUCAUCGAGGGCCCCUUCGUCUUCACCCCCAAUUUCUUCGCCAAGGGCAGCCCCAAUUACUUCGAUGAAGUCUCUAUGCUAUCGCAUCUCGGAGGUCCUACAACCAUAUCCUCCAGUUUGCUGUAUGUCUGGGUCAGCUCUAUGGAUGCUCGGUCUACUUCAUUACUGCCUACUUGGAUGGCUUCAACUUCUGGGCCAGUUCAUUCUAGUUCUGGGCAUAUUUCAUCGGCGCGAACAGUUCAUGGGUCGUGAUACCAACACUCAUCGCGACAAGGAGCUGGAAGAAGAUCUGCACAGCAAUUCAUCAAAGCGAAAAGGAAACAGCAGCUUGCGGGAGUGCAAGUUCAGCAAAGCAAGAAAGGCAAAAACAGGUGUACAAAAUUACAGUCCCAGGCCAGCAAAUGAGCUAUUACAGUGGGCAAUCCAGACUCAGGCUGGGAUUCCCAGUGCGGCGCAGCUGUCUUGCUUGGCUUCCUCCAGUGGCUGUGAGAUCUUCAUCUCCCACACACCAGCAGUCGCAGCUCCAGGGCGCCUGAUCUUUUUUGCUGGUUGGGCAGGGGAGCCCAGGAGGUCCAACGGCGUCACAGGGCUCUAUUUGUUGCUACUUAUUUGCAUUAAAUGAAAAGGUUGUGCCACCACGAAAGCCCUUCCUUUCAUAGUGUGUAUAUAACAUAAUGUCUGUUUUCGUCUUUCAGCAAACAGAAUUUUGAAGCCAAUUCUGGUGUGAUGAAUGAUAAUACUUGUGAAGGUGAUGAUUACAUUGAUUAUUUUGUAUAUACAGUUUAUAUUUCUCUCA